UCACGCAGGGCCACCGUACAGCAGAAGGGUGACGUGCGAUUGAAAACAAUCGAAUUUCCGGAAUCCAUCGUCGAUUAGCAUGUUUUUUUCGUUUUCUUCAAUUUAAACAAAAAUCUGGAGACAACUACCCCAUGUUCAUGAAGUGCUGUCAGCCUUUUGGUAAUAACGUUUUUAAUCAAUAGUACUGUAUGUUACAAAAUAUUCCAUUAUUGACUUGUAACAAGGCUAGUACCAGUAUCAUGUUAGCUAGCUAGCUAUUUUUUUUUAGCAAGCCUGAUGCGACCCCAUUUUUGUCUGAUACCUUGUUUGUUACCUAGUCGAAUUUUGCGAUGUGACCGUUUUAUUGAACCUAUGUUGCACUCUUCUGCGCUGGACGGUCUUCGCCACUUGGUUGUUAGCGAGCUGGAGGAGCUGUCACUCUUAUUGGUCAGAGAAACAGAUACGCGAUGUGAUAGACAUGGCAUAUUUCUACCCACUUAUUCUGAAUAACAGGGCUUUCUGAAGAGAUUCACUUUAGGAUCACACACACACACAGUCCUGACUUGCUCCUGGUGCAGAUCCCACUGUGAAUUGAUCUGUGAAAAAGACACACAAGCAGUAUGUCGGAGAACCUCGUCCUCACCUUCCAGACCCAGCUCUCGGGAGUCAUGGAGACGGUCCUAAAGUCAGCCAUGUAUGAGAUCACCAGACUGGUGGAGGAUGGCUUCCUGGAGGAGGUAAGACGUGGUCAACAGGAAGUGACACGGAGCCACCAGGAUGUGGAGUCUCUGCGGAUCUUGCUGCAGCGGGCAGAGAGUCAGCUGAAGGAUGUCAGUCAGAGGGCCAGGUGUGUAGACUGUGGCAGGACAGAUGUCUACAACGAGGAAACAGACGACAGACCUCCAGGAAUACAGGACAGUCUGCUUCUGCUGAGCGGGUGUGACCUGAAGCUGGAGGAGGAGCCAGAGGUCAGGUGGAGAAGCUGUGGACAGGAAACAGUGGAGUCAUCACAGGUAGCAGCUAAACCAACUCCUCCCACUCCUCCAGCUCCCAGUCCUUCGCUGGUAGGCAGUGUUAAGGAGGAGGACAUGGAGCCGUGGAGAAUCAAGGUGGCCAUACAGCCGUCUGCAGCUCACACCUACACAGAGGAGCAGCGGGACUCAGACACACUCGUUCAGAGUACAGGGGACUCUAUUGGGUUUCCCUCUGCGGACCCAGAGGUCCAACAGGUCACCCAGACACCCAGACUAGCAGUGCCAUCUCAGAACCAGAGCAGAGGACCCAGUAAUGACGGUGACAGAACGAGGAGUAGAGCCUCACCGGUGUGGAUAGGCCAUAGAAUAUUAGACACGGAUACUGACGUUCACAGACAAGCUCAGUCGAACCUACGACUGGUAAGAGAGCCUCUGUCGUCCUCUGAAUCGGCAGAGGCGAAGCAGCUAGCUAGAGAUUUCGCUCCCCCAACCAAUCCCAGCACAGCGGGGGCCUCUGUCUCCUCCUCCUCAUCGGGCUGUCAUGUCUUCAGCUCUCUAAACUACAGGAUUCCUUCCAAAUAUAAGCCCAGCGCUCAAACCCUGCCGCGCAUGAGAGGAUACAGGGAUGCUGCCAAGCGGGGCGGCUACCCAAUGUACAACAGGGGGACCGCCCAGGGAGGGCUCACCUCCUCCCAAACACCAACCCAACAAGGGAACCACCAGCAUCACCACCCUGGGAGGCUGGCCCUCCGCUGCCCAGUGUGUGGUAAGGUCUUCCCCCAUCCCAGUAGCCUUAAGGCCCACCAGCAGACCCACACGGGGGAGAGGCCAUUCAUCUGCGCCCUGUGUGGCCGGAGCUUCACUAAGUUAAGCAACCUGAAGGCCCACCGGCGUGUUCACACUGGGGAGAGACCCUACAGCUGCUCGGACUGCGGCAAACGCUUCACACAGAAGUGCAACCUUAAGAGGCACCAGAGGAUUCACAUAGAGAAUGAUAUAUGA